CGCGAAGGACUGCCCAAUCAGUACAUGGUGACGAAACAGCUAGCGCUUGUAUGUAGGCCCAAACCGGAAAUGAAACGCGUGCGUCCUCUCAUCGUCAUGUGCUUGCUACUCUUUAGACGACGGGUCUUUCCGUUCGACGCCAUUUUGAUGAAACAUCGACGAGAGUGGCCGCAACUGUUGCCGUGUUUCGCCGUCGUGUGUUUUUUGUGAGGACAUUUUCUUUUGAUCUUCUCUCUUUUUACCAUUUUUUUGUGUUUUUGUUUUCGUGCCGAGGAGGUGAAGAAGGACAGACCGAUGGACCCGGAGAGCGUUUCGGGGCGAAUGGAGGCCUCCCGCUAGCCAUAGCUUGUUAGCUCGGCGCCAUUGUUUUUCUCCGCUAGGCUUUCUCUGCGUGUACUAUAAAUUGUCAUCCCAGCUAAGGGGCGUUGUUAGCGUCGACCUAAAUCCCGUGGACUCGUUCCGUGGACUCUUUAAUGGACAUGGACUGUUUUAUGAAGAACUGAAGGUGGGGGACCCCCGUCCCCAACCAAGCACUGGCUGGACUGCGCUUAGCAACAUUAGCUGCUAACGUAGCGAGCGGCCUGGCCUUCCUUCCCUUGCGUUCCUCUCCAGCCGCGGACGGACUCCUGGUGGCGGACGUGAGCGCCGUCCAGAACGUUGCUCUCUCGGUAGAAGCGAGCUCGGACUAUUUUGAGGCCUCUUUGCUUGGAUUUUUGGCCCGUUGUUUGCGUAUAUCGCUUUGGUUUUGGACUCGAGAGGACUUGACGAAAAGGCACAUGGCGCCGUCGUUUGGCGCGCCGACCUUUUAUCCCUUGCGUUGGGAUUAAUCGAGGACUCUGCGUCAUUGACUAGCCCUCCAGUUUUUUUUUCCUUCUUCAUUUUUUGGGCCGGUGAAGCCCAUUUCGCCGCAUUAAAAAGUUUCCAGGUUUGCCUUCCUGUGAUUUGAGUGUUGACGCUGUUUAUUUUUGGUUUGGUUGGUUUGGUCAUCCGAAGCCCCUGUCUCUAUCCCUCCCUCCCUCCCUCCAUCCAUCCGUCCAUCCAUUCUCCCCGACCCUAAACCUCCUUUCUCCCCUAACCCUUGUUGUGAUAAAAGAAAAGUGUGGCAAAAAUGUCGUGUGUUCACUACAAGUUCUCCUCCAAACUGGACUACAACACGGUCACGUUCGACGGGCUGCACAUCACCCUAAAUGAGCUGAAGCGGCAGAUCAUGUCCAGGGAGCGCCUCAAGGCCACAGACUGCGACCUGCAGAUCACCAACGCGCAGACGCGAGAAGAAUACACGGACGAUGAAGCCCACAUCCCCAAGCAUUCGUCGGUGAUUGUCCGCAGAACGCCCAUUGGCGGCGUCAAACCUGCUGGCAGGACGUUCAUAGUAGAUCGUUCUGACACGUCUGCGGCGGGAUCGUCAAGACCCACCGACUCGUCGCCGUCUAUGUCGCUCGCGCAGCUCACCAAGACGGCCAACCUGGUUGACGCCAACGCGUCCGAGGAGGACAAGAUUAAAGCCAUGAUGACGCAGUCCAACCACGAAUACGACCCUAUUCAUUACUCCAAGAAGGCCGUCGGACCGCCGCCGGCUCACUACCUCUGUUUCCGUUGUGGAAAGACGGGUCACUAUAUUCGGCAGUGCCCCUUGCUCCUGGUUCAGGACAAGAGCAUGGAGGGUCCCAAGCAGGUGAGAACCAGCAAGGGGAUUCCCCAGAGCUUCAUGGUGAAAGCCGAGCCCGGCGCCAAAGGAGCCAUGCUGACCAGCACGGGCGAAUACGCCAUACCGGCCAUCGACGCGGAGGCGUACGCGCAGGGCAAGAAGGAGCGUCCGCCGUUCGUGGCGCACGAGCGCUCGUCCUCCGAGGACGAUUCGGAUCCCAUCCCUGACGAGCUGCUGUGUCCCAUCUGCAAUGACCUGAUGACGGACGCCGUGGUCAUCCCUUGCUGCGGGAACAGCUACUGUGACGAAUGUAUCCGCACCACCUUGCUGGACUCUGACGAGCACAUCUGCUUCACGUGCAAACAAUCGGACGUGUCGCCCGACAACCUCAUUGCCAACAAGUUCCUUCGACAGGCGGUGAACAACUUCAAGAACGAGACGGGCUACACCAAACGCGGGCGCAAGCAAAUCCAGCCCUCGGCCCCUCCUCCCCCGCGUCCUCACCUCCUCAAUAGGCCUCUCCCGUCCAGGCAGCGGGACCCUCUGAUCGCCAACAUCUCCCAGCCGCCGCACGCUAGCGCGACAGCCCCUCGGCCUCAGACGCCGCUGCUUGCCGCCCCUACGCCCUCGCCGCCUCCCCCUCGAGCCGACGUGAGCGAGGAAAGGAAAGCCGCCUCGCCGGUUGGGCCGCCCGUCGCGGGCCGCGCUUCUCCUCGGGUCUCUGGGAGCCAGGACGAGCCGCCGCCGCCAGGCGAGGCAGAGCCGCCGCUGCCGCCGUCCCUGCCUCUCGUGAAGCCCAGCCUGACCAAAAGCACAGAGAGCAGGUCACAGGCUUACAACUUGCCUCUCCUGGGUGCGGCGCCAUCCUCCAGGCCACCUUCUCAUCUUUCAGGCCCACAUUCCCGCCCCCAGCAGCCUCACAGGGACCGAGGUGGAAGACACUGGGAAAGGUCGUACAGAAGCAGAGGCGAGCCCCCGUCCGGCCACCUCCCGACGGCCCAACUCCCUCUGGCGGCCCCGCCCCUCUACGUGUCGCCCUCCCUGUACCCGCCCCCGCCGCAGCCCUACCCGCCUCUGUACUCGGCCGCUCCCGGCCUCCUCCCGCCGCCGCCCAUGGGCUACCAACCUCAGCCCGUGUACGGGCCGCCGGGGGUCAACCCACCCUGGGGAGCCCCCGGCGGCCAGCCCCCUCUGCUCCCCCUGCCCCCCGCCCUCACUCAGCCACCUCUCUCCAAAGAAGAUUUCUACAGACAGCGCCACCGACAGGACAACAUUACGUCCAAGCUGGAUGAGUUCACAAAGGACUUCCACAAAGAGCUGAUGAAGUAUCGAAACGCACCAAAGAGGCAAAGACCUUCGUAUUCCAGGUCCCGAUCGUACAGUCGCUCUCCGUUCAGCCGCUCUUACACUCGCUCCAGGUCCAGAUCGAGGUCUUACUCGUACACGCCGAGCCGAUCCCGCUCGCGUUCGCGCUCCCACGGCCGAGCGUAUCCCCGCUCGCCUUACUCCCGACGCAACGGACGCAGCUACGGACGCUCUCGUUCCAGAUCCAGGUCUCGCUCCAGGUCCUACGGGUUCCGGCGCUCCGGUUCGCCGCCCUCGUUCCGCACCGCCGCUUGGGAGGGAGCGGAAGGUGCGCCGCCCUUCCGCUCCAGGUCUCGCUCGCGCUCUCCGGGCGCUUUCCGCAACCGCAGCCCCGCUGGUCGGAAAGCACCGCCGCGGGGCGAUUUGGCGGCAGCGGCGGCGGUGCCGCCUUAUGAGCUGAAGCCUCUCAGCCCCGGCACUCACGAACACUGGGAGCGGGAUAGCUACCGGCAGUGGGAGCGCGAGUACCGAGAAUGGUACAACAAAUAUUAUAAAGAUUACGAGAACCAGCCCAUGUAUCACAGGGGCCGCAGUAGCAGGGAAAGGGAUCGGGAUCGAGAAAGGGAUAGGGAAAGGGAGCGCGAUAGGGUGCGGGAAAGGGAGCGAGUGCGAGUGUCCCCGCUCCAUCGGGAGUACUCCCCCCAAGGCGGCAGAACCAGAAGAGGUCGAGAUGACAAAGUUGCGCCCGCUCACAAUCCGCCGUCCUCCUCGUCAACGUCAAAGAGCGGCGGUGGCGGCGGCAAGCUCGUCAAGACCAAGAAAGUCAAAAGGAGGAAAGCCGGAGAGGACGGCGAGCAAUCGCACAAUUCUGUGGACAGGGGUGACGCCACGCCUGUCAGAGAUGAACCCAUGGAUGACAUGCUGUCGCCGAACAAGACGCCCCCCGUCUCUUCCAAGCCCGUGUCGUCCACGGCCGGCUCCAAGGCUCCGACCGGUUCCAGGAGCGCCGCCGCCGCCGCCCCCUCCAAGCCCUCACUCAAGUCAGCGCCCAAGAGCGACAAGGCCAAGAAGGACAAGGGGGCUCAGAAGACAAAGACCAAAGCCAAGACGGACGCUUCCAAAGUCAAAAGCGAAAAAGUCAAGAAGAAGACCAGCGAUUGUGUGAUGAGCAAAAAGAAAGAACCCUCGUGCGCAACACCUGCGGCUCCCGCUGCUGCUCCUGCUGCAGCCCCAAAAACAUCCAAGACCACCAAAGGCAAACCCGAAGAGUCCCACAACUCCAGCGUGCUGCCUAAAAAGGAAAAGUCCAAAGUUGUUUCUGUGAGACCGCCGCUCUUAAAGACACCCCCACUCUUCUCCCAAGGCCUGCCUCUGCCGCAUCCGACUCCCCACCCUAACGACAACCGAGGGCGAAGAGACCCCCCCCCGCACGUCGGCGGCGGGCUCAUCCCCCUGCCUCACCAAACCUACCUCCACCGCCCUCCCCCACGCUUGGGUGAGGAGGGCCGCUCCUUACUCGGGUCUCCGCCUGGAAAACUCCGCCGACUGGACGGAGCCGCGAUCGGAGCGGAGGUCUUCUCGCACCCGCACGACACUCAUCAGUCGGGACUACAGAGGUUCUCGCACCCGGCCGACAGACCCGGCGGGCUGCUUCCCGUGCUGGUGGGCCGUGAGAUUGUCUGGGCCGACAAAGACCGAGGCGCUAUCAGGCCUCUCAUGGACUUGCCGGUCAAGCCGGUGACCCAGAGAAGCGUCCCUCUCAACCUUGGAAAAAAAGAUAAUCCCGCCGUCUCAGACAGACCGUCGUCGGGCACCGAGAAGACGGCCGCGGAGCGAUCCGCCGACGACCCGGAUGCCGAGAAACCUGCCGAAGGACCGGACGUAAAGGAGCGCCUCUCGUCUUCCGACGGGGCGCUCUCCAGAGAAAAAGCUGGCGGCGACAAGCCCUCGCUCUCCGACAAAGGCUCGGGAGGCGACAGAGAGCGGGACAGUAACAGCAGAAUGGACAGAGAGCGGGAGAGAGGUUCUGAACGAGGGCGCGAAAAAGGCUCGCGGUCGGAACGAGAGCGGGAAAAGGCCACGGCAUCGGACAGAGAUCAGGAAAAAGCUUCGGGCUCCGACAGGGAUCGGGAAAAAGCUUCGGGCUCCGACAGGGAUCGGGAAAAAGCCUCGGGCUCCGACAGGGACCGGGAAAAAGCCUCGGGCUCCGACAGAGAUCGGGAACGGGGUUCGGACAGGGACAGAGAGCGGGAAAAAGCUUCGGAUCGAGAUCGGGCUAAGGCUUUAGACCGAGACCGAGAAAAGCCUUCUGACCGUGAUCGCGCCAAGGCGUCCAGUUCAGACCGCGAUCGUGCCAAGGCGUCCAGUUCAGACCGGGAUCGCGUCAAGGCGGCAAGUUCAGACCGGGAUCGCGCCAAGGCGGCAAGUUCAGACCGUUUGGACCGAGAUCGCGCAAAAGCCUCGGACAGGGAUAGAGAGAAGGCCUCCAGUUCUGAUAGGGAUCGAGAAAAAGCGUCGGGAUCCGACCGAGAUCGGACUCUGGCUUCAGAGAAAGAGCGCGACAGAGCGUCUGGAUCCAGCUCAAAGAAGGUGUCCGCGGUGAAAGAGAGCGGUGAAAAGUCGCAGAAGACGGAGCGCAAAAGCUCCGCCAGCGCCGGCGGAAGCGCUGGCGCAAGCGCCGGCGGAAGAGCCGUCUGCUUGGACAAAAUGACCAUAGCGGAGAAAUCGGCCAUCGGCAAGAAGCAGGGACACGACCAAGAGAAGACUGCCCCUUCCUCUGCCGACAAGGCUGCCAGAUCAGAUCGGAGUGCUUCCAAGGAGAGGACGACGGCCAAGAGCGCUGCUACUGCCGCAGGGAGAAAAGCAGAUGCCGCUCCCAAAGAUGCGAAAGAGGGAGAAACCAAAACGGUGAGGACCAAGCCAAGGAUCAGUCGCAAGGUCUUAUCCACUAGUCAGCCUGCCAGGUCCGCUCAGGAGCCCAAGCUGGAGGGCGAGAAGAAGAGCGACUCGGUGGCAACUUUGGAGCAGGUGACGCCGGCUGGCCCCCAAAGCGCCGGGGAGCAGCAGCUCCUGGUUCAGGCGCCUCCUCGCUCCAAGUGGGAGCGAGAGGACGACGAGGAGGAGGAGGAGGAGGAAGAGGGACGGGCGGCGCCAACGGUAGUGGCUCCUCAAGUCACCCCCAAAGAGCCGUCGCCCGUUCCCCACAAGACGGAGCUGCUCCAAACUGAUAAGAAGGUCGCGCUCAAGGAGGAGAAGAAGAGGACGCCCAAUGACGAGAGCAAAGGCGGCAAAGUCAAGCCCGCCCGAGACGAGAGGGAGAGGAAGGCGGCGGCAGCGGUGCCGGGCCAAAGGACACCCAAAGCCGAGGGAAGGGAGGCCAAGGAGGAGAAGAACCCCAGCGGCCCGGAGCCCAAGAGGCAGCGGCUGUGUUCGGACCUGGCCCGCGAGACGGACGAGGCCGCCUUCGUGCCUGACUACAGCGAGGGCGACGACGCCUCCGACAGCAGCCCCUCCGGCGACCGCAGCGACUCGCCCUCCUCCUCCGCCGCCGGUGGCGACAAGAAGAAGAAAAAGAAGCACAAGAAGCACAAAAAGCACAAGAAGCACAAGAAGCACAAAGUGGCUGACAAGGACAAGGAGGAACACAAGCAGAAACACAAGAAGAAGAAACGCAAGAAGAGUAAAGACAAGGACGCGGAGGAAGGUCACGGCGAGCAGGAGCGGCCCAAGAGCCCCGCCGGAACCGACAGCGUCAAAGCUUGACACGGCCGCUGCCGCUUCGAAUGUGAAAGCAAAAACGAGGACACAGAGGAGGCCAAAAAAAAAAAAAAAAGCAGCCAAACAAAAGACACGGGCUUGAAGGGCCGACCUCCAAUCUUGAGUGCUACAGCACCAAAAGAGGAAGGAGGAUAAACGACAAAGCUGCUGUGGCAGAGGAGAGAGAGAGAGAGCGAGCCCAAAGGCUUGACGCCAGGGCAAGCUUUUAGCGCACGCCAGGCAGCAGCCUUGGCUGCCAUCCUGCCCUGCCCUGCCCGUAAAGACGCACUUUGACGCCGUCUCAGACGUUUCAGGACAAGGUCCAAAUUCAUGCGGCCACUCUGCAAUGUAUCUCAGCGGGCGGGGUGUGUUCCUUCCGCGUUGGCGUUCCCGGCGUGUUUUGGUUGCGUUGCACUUAAAACGCCACACAGCUCCAGAAGGAGAAGAACUCUUCCAUCCACCACUUUUUGUGCAAUCAGGUUACACUGGAUGCCCCCCCAAAAAAGAGAAAAAACACGUUUAGUGGCGUUGAGCGAGUGUCAUUGUUUUUUCCAGUUUGAUUUCGACUCGACGGAAAUUGAGGAUUCUUACUGAUGACUUGUUGUUUUGUUUUUUUAUUAAAAGGUCUUGCCCCUGGAAA